UUCAAUCGUCGGGAACCGUCACUGAACUCCGGAGUCUCUCGUUCAACAAUAACCACAAGUGGAGAUGAAGCGUUUCAUUUGCAUCGUACCCCUGCUGUUCGCCUUUGUAUUAGCCCGUCAGACUUCAUCUGUAUGGUUUGGAGAGCUUGGCGGGAAAAAUGAGGCGUCACAGAAGGAGAAGGUGGUCAGGCGUUCAGCUAGGGCAGUAGACAAUGACACGCCCGGGGAUAGUGCAAACAAGUAUGUCUUGGAAGAAAGCUGUCUCGUAGGGCUUCGAGCGCAAAUGAACCUCGAAAUGCACGCCUCUCUUGUCUACCAACAAAUGGCUGCGCACUUCGACAGCAAUCAGGUUGCCCGCAAGGGCUUUGCGAAGUUCUUUCAGCAUAAUUCGGAUGAAGAGCGUGAACACGCUCAGAAGAUCAUCAACUAUGUCAACUUACGAGGUGCAACCAUUGGAAACAUCAACAUCGGGAUGCCGACCGUUGUUUCGUGGAAGACUGCCAGAGAAGCGCUGCAGGCUGCUCUUGACCUUGAGAACAAGGUUAACAACGAGCUCCACGGCCUUCACAGGACCGCUGAACAUGACUGCCAUGAUCCUCAGCUUCAAGACUUUAUCGAGGGCACCUUCCUGAAUGAGCAGGUGGAGUCGAUAGCUCAGCUUGAGCGACUGAUCACGAACCUCGACAAAUUCACUGACGCCCAUCUUGGAGAAUACUUCAUCAACAAGGACCUUCUGCAGUAAGGAGCUUACUGAAGUAUGGAACGCAAAGUGCGCACUAAUCCAACUUGAGCCGCUGUUAUUAACAACUGCAGCAAUUUACUGUCAUUACACAGCAUUCGAGAUUUCAUAUUUGUGACGAAAAAUGAUUGGCCGAAACUACUUUUUGCCAUUACUACUUUUAACGACCACAGGCGAAUAGAGGAUCUGACUUUUCUUAGAUUCCGAAACAUUGGAUGAUCAUCGGAAUUAAAAAGAUUUUUAAUCAAUAAGCUUCCGAAGCAAUAUCCACAUACGCUGUGUUUUGCUAUUCUGUUACUGGAAUUGCUUGUCUUCUUUUGAGCAUCACCUACUAUAUUUUAUACGCAUAUAACUGCCGGUACCUCGUGGUUUUUUACCAAGCGGAGAAUAGCCCUGAAAUACACGAGAAAAUCAAUAUCAAACCAAUUUAAACAAAUCACCAUCUUUUUUUGUAUCGCGCAACUUCAAUAAACUACAAAACAUUUUUACUAACUAUA